UCCGCGCCGCCCGCCCCUCGCCAGCAGCAGCAGCAGGAGGAGGCGGAGGAGGAGGCGGCGGCGGCGAUUCUGGCCGAGGGGAGCGCGAGGCAGUGCGAGCGCCGCUGCCGCCCCCUGUGAUCCGGGAGCCCCAGGUCCGGGCGGAGGAGGCGGCGGAGGGCGGCAGAGCGGCGGCGGCGGCGGCAGCACAGCGGCAGCAGGAGGAGUCUGCGCGCGGCCCCCCCUCCCUCAGCCCCGCUACAGCCCCCUCCCUCCCUGCGCGCUCCGCUCCGCACCGCCACCAUGUCGGCGCCGGCGGCCAAAGUCAGUAAGAAGGAGCUCAACUCCAACCACGAUGGGGCCGACGAGACCUCAGAAAAAGAGCAACAGGAAGCAAUUGAACACAUUGAUGAAGUACAGAAUGAAAUAGACAGACUGAAUGAACAAGCCAGUGAGGAAAUUUUGAAAGUAGAACAGAAAUACAACAAACUCCGCCAACCAUUCUUCCAGAAGAGGUCAGAAUUGAUCGCCAAAAUCCCAAAUUUCUGGGUAACAACAUUUGUCAACCACCCGCAAGUAUCUGCACUGCUGGGAGAAGAAGACGAAGAGGCACUGCAUUAUUUGACCAGAGUUGAGGUGACAGAAUUUGAAGACAUCAAAUCAGGUUACAGAAUAGAUUUUUAUUUUGAUGAGAAUCCAUACUUUGAAAAUAAAGUUCUCUCCAAAGAGUUUCACCUGAAUGAAAGCGGAGACCCAUCUUCAAAAUCAACUGAGAUCAAAUGGAAAUCUGGAAAGGAUCUGACAAAACGUUCAAGCCAGACACAGAACAAAGCCAGUAGGAAGAGGCAGCAUGAAGAGCCAGAAAGUUUCUUUACCUGGUUCACUGACCACUCUGAUGCAGGUGCUGACGAGCUAGGAGAGGUCAUCAAGGAUGACAUCUGGCCAAAUCCAUUACAGUACUACUUGGUUCCUGAUAUGGAUGAUGAAGAAGGGGAGGGAGAGGAAGACGAUGAUGAUGAUGAAGAGGAAGAAGGGUUGGAGGAUAUUGACGAAGAAGGAGAUGAAGAUGAGGGAGAAGAAGAUGAAGAUGAUGAUGAGGGAGAGGAAGGAGAGGAGGAUGAAGGAGAAGAUGACUAAUUGAACACUGAUGGAUUCCAAAUUCCCUUUUUACCUUUUUAAUUUUUCUCCAGUCCCUGGGAGCAAGUUGCUGUCUUUUUUUUCUUGUGCUCAGUCUCCUUGUUCUCUUGAGGUCUCUUUUUCUCUCCUCUACACCAUGGUUCACAAUUUAAUUUGGGGAAAAUACCUUGAGCAGAAGGCAGUGGAAAAGAAUCUACCAGUUUCUGUUUCAAGUUCAUUUUUAUCCCUUUCUGUCUCAAAACAAAAACUGUUUAUGGAAUCAACACACCAUAUUCUGUGGGAAAAAAGAAAACCUUCUGCUCCCUUCACUCUGCUGGAAGCUGAAGAGUGCUAGGCCCCUGUGUAGUAGUGCAUAGAAUCUAGCUUUUUUCCUUCUUUCUCUGUAUAUUGGGCUCAGAGAUUACACUGUGUCUCUAUGUGAAUAUGGACAGUUAGCAUUUACCAACAUGUAUCUGUCUACUUUCUCUUGUUUAAAAAAAAAAGAAAAAGCUAAAAAAAAAAAAAAUGGGG